AUGGUUAAACAGAAGAAAUCGAUGGACGGUGGUAGUAAUGAUGAAAGAGCUGACUGGAAAGACCUUGAGGAACUAGAAGCUUUUUGUCAGUUCUGUGUAGUUCAAGUCAUGGAGGGCCUGAGGAAGUCGACCAGAUUUUUGUCCAAAAUUGGGGUUAAUGAAGUGAUUCGGCAGUUGGGUGAGAUGGGAAAAGUGGUGACUUGGCUGCAGAUUAAAAACAAAUGGGAUCAUCUGAAAAAAAGGUGGAAGAAUUAUAACCAGUGUUUGGACAAUGAGACAGGGUUGGGUUAUGAUGCUGGAACUAGGAUGUUUGACGCACCUGAUGAGUGGUGGAAUCGAAAGAUUGCGGCAUGUCCCAAUGCAAAAACCUUUAAAACUCAUGGUUUGCCGAAUCGUGAGCUCCUGAACAUCAUGUUUGGAGGCACGGUUGCAACGGGAAAAAAUGCAUUAUGCACGAGUGGUCCAAUACCAACAGAAACCACCAAAGGGUCUGCGGACUCCGCUGAUAGCAUAAAAUUUGUUGACCCCCAAUGUGAACCCAUUGUGAAUGUUGACGCAAUGGAGGUUGAAGGUUCAUCAUCGUUGAGGGUAGGACCAAUAGUGAAUAAGGGGAAAGGCUUGACAACCAGUGUCCACAUCUUCAAGCCAAUUUGCAAGAAACAAAAAAAAAAAAAGCGUUCAGCUGCGCAAGAGAUGUCUGACUCUUUGAAGAACAUCUCAAAUGUUAUUGUUGAAAGAUCUAGUCUAAGUGCCCAUAUACCAUCUGCUCCCACGGCAACUGCUCAGGAUUCCUACAUUGUGGAUACUUUUCCAAGUGCAAGCUUUGAGGGAAACAAUGGUCUUUGUCAUGCGGAGUACUGUACUUGUCAGUCUAAACAGACUCCUAUUCAUUCUCCCAGGGAGAAAAAGAGAAUAAUUAAUGGUCUACCAUUUGAAAUUGGAGCUGCAACAGGUUUUGUUCUUACUGUAAUAUACUGCUUCAUGUCCGGAUUGUCAUUCCCAUAG